AUGUCCCUGCCAACUCUUCAAAAGGAUUCUUCCCAUCAACAAGAUUCUUCCUCUUCGCAACUCCCCACAAAAAGCUCUUUCUCUUCUCCUUUGAUCCGUCUCCUUGAGUCUGAUGAAAAACCAGCCGCCAUCAAAACCAGAGACGAUUUACUGCCGUACUUCUACGUCUGGCCACCUCUGAAGAAGGCUUGGUACCACGACACUGCCAUGGAAAAGGCUAAAGCAGUCACACCAGAUCGAAUACCAGUCUCUCCCGAUUCGACAUCUGGACCAGGAAAAACACCCCCACCUCUCGAGAAAUUCCGCGGAGUGACUGCAACGAAGAGUGGCUCUGCAGAGCUGUCUCAUCGCCAAAAAGCAGGGAGGCCGCAGGGCAAGUUCAACAACACUCUUCCCGAAGAUGAAAGAGUCAGGCUGACACCGGAGCAGGCUUUGCGCAAAUUGAUGAUGCCCGGUCUGGCAGCAGCGCAGGUGACAGUUCCAAGGGCGGGUGUCAGUCCUCCCACCGCAACCUUGUCCGGCUUUCGCAUUGCCUACAACAAUGUCGACGCCGUCAUUACAUGCGCGCACUUCAUAGAUUGGCCCAAGAAGCAAGAGGAUUUCGACGACGUUGCUCGACAUUACAACGUCACUUUGGGUAGUCAAGGGGGCGUGGCCACCCAAGCUGCGCUUACUGAUGCUUUGGGCGUUGAGCCAGGCACGUAUAUUAUACAGAUGAGUGUCCCGAUGCAUUCCCAAUUCGCGCUGCAGCUCAUUGCCGUCCAUCGUCCAUGGGAUCUUGCGGUCUUUCGCAUUGUCGAGAAGCCUGAGGAUGACGACCCAGAGCACGCCAUCAAACCCCCACAGCUAGCCUUUUUUCGUGACCAAGAUCUUGGUGCACUUGGUCGACCUGAUCUAUUGUGGUCUGUUGGGUACAACCUGAACUGCUCCGAGGAAGGGUUGCAGAGUAAUUGGAAAAUGUACUGGUCACGACAGUCGCUCGAGGUGCAAGCCAAGAUCCAUAGGGAAUACGGCUUGAAUGCCAUAACCAAGCCAUCCACGGACUUCUUGAAGCCAAACCAGCGAACCGUGUGCUUUGGGACACUCGAUGAAGCAUCACUACGCCGCAUCAACAGAGCAGACUACCGGGUGGAUAUCAAUCUCAGCGCUUGGUACGGACGCUCAGGCUCCAUGGUCUGUUACUGUCCUACUGGGGAGAAGUCUGUUCGCAUCUGCGGUCUUGUGGCUGGGGGAACUCCCGACAGCGAUCAAAACUACAUGGUUCUUUUCACUGAUGAGAUGAAGGACUGGUUUGCUAAUGCGCUGGGGCCUCACGAUGAGUCAGACUUCCACCAACGCUUCGUCAUGUCGCUCGGGCCCUGA